CGAGGAACUCCUUUAUGAAACGCUCUUAAUCAGUUUUAAAAGCUGAAAAAAGGUUUUAUUAAAAUACUAAUAGUUAAACUCAUUUAAUGAUGAAACGGAGAACUUACUUAAAGGCGUUUGUGUUUAUGUCGUGUUGUUUAAGUUUUAUUAACAUUUUAGUAACUUUACAAGCAUUCAGGGGCCUAGAAAACAAUGAUAAAGUUGUGGAUUUACUAAUAUCACAAAAACUUGUGAACGCUUUAAAUAAUGGUACACUAAAUAGCCGGAAUAAAAUAGAAUCGGCACGUCAACAUACUUCGGAAACCGGAAAUGCAAAUACGGUAAGAAGGAAUAAUUCUACAAAAUCUGAAAUUGAUUCAGUGAAUAUUGAGAAGAAUAACAAUAAUACAAAGCAGAUUCAGCCAGAAAAUGAGAAGAAAAAACGUUAUGGCUCAAUGUACAGACCGUUAAAUUUUGUACCUAAUACUACACAUGACAAAUCGCAUAUGGUACCGUAUUUAAGUAAUGAUAUUAUGAAGAAGUACCUGGCAUUACCUGAAUCAAAUUAUACCCAAAGAGUAAUGAUUUUAACGCCAAUUAGAAAUGCCGAAAGAACUUUGGACACAUUUAAAACUCAGCUUGCGAGUUUGAGCUAUCCACACCACCUUUUAUCCGUGUAUUUCGGAGAAUCUGGAAGCACUGACAAGACAUUUGAGAAGGCACAGAUGAUUUCACAAGAUUUGAAAAGUCUUCAAAAUUUUACGGAUUCUAGAGUUAUAAAUUUAAAGAUGGCCGGUGGAAUUCACGGAAAUGACAAUUUCAGACAUAAGAAAGAAUUUCAGAAGUACAGACGCUCAUUUCUAGCAAAUGCCCGAAAUCGCCUUGUACGAUACGCUUUCAAGCAUGGAGGAGUUUUUGACCACGUGUUAUGGAUAGACAGUGACGUACAGGAAUUUCCGAGCGACUUGGUACAGCACUUGUUGUUUGCGAGAUCGGAUGUAGUUGCAACAUCAUGUCUUGUGAAGUCGCAUGAAUUUAAGGGGAUUUAUGACUGCAAUUCCUGGAGAGAAACUGCACUUUCACUAAAACAUCAGUCACAAAUGCCCCAAGACGAACUUGUGUUAGAAUGUUAUGCAGAAACUGAAAGAAUAUUUUUGCCAUAUCUUAAAAUUGAGGGUCGUAUCGUCAAACUAGAUGGCGUCGGUGGAUGUGCUCUGAUGGUAAAGGCCGAUUGUUUCCGAAGCGGUCUUCUGUUUCCGGAAGUUGUUUAUAAGCGUCAUAUUGAAACAGAGGGACUGGCUAAAAUGGCGCUUGAUAUGGGGUAUAGUGUUGUCGGGCUUCCUUUUGUAGAAGUUUUUCAUAAAAAACGUAGUUAGUGAAUUAUUUAUCAAAUAAAAAUCUGCAUACUCUUCAA